GGCAACCUCGUACAACAACGAUUUUACUUUUUCGAUAGGCUGCUUGCCUUGUGCUGCUGCGACUCGAAUUUCAUUCAACCCUCAAAUCAAAGUGAAACUGAGAAUUGAAAACUCGCGUUCGACGUACCUGAACGAUCAACCAUGGACAGAAGAAGACGGAGAACGGAUUCUAUGAGUGAUGACGAAGAUGAUGACAGAGGCAGGAAGAGGAGGAGGAUAGCAACUGAUGGUGGCGUGGACAUUGAAGACAGACUGGAGUCUCUUAUCACUCGUGUCGGAGAAAAGAGUACAUCCUCCCUGGAAAGCAAUUUAGAGGGCCUGGCUGGUGUGCUUGAAGCAGAUAUUCCAAACUAUAAACACAAAAUUAUGAAAAUUUUGUGUGAAUGUGUUGUGAAAUUGCCUGAAAAACUGACUGUGUACACAACACUAGUGGGUUUGUUGAAUGCCAAGAACUAUAAUUGUGGUGGAGAGUUUGUUGAGAUGCUGGUGAGGAAUCUGAAAGAGGCUUUGAAGACUGGAGAAUUUGAAAAUGCCAGAAUGAUGGUUCGAUUUUUGUCAGACUUGGUCAACUGUCAUGUGCUUGUGGCUGCAUCUCUCAUACAAAUGUAUGACAGCUUUGUUGAAGUUACACUGGAGGAUAACAUCCCUCAAGUUCGUUCAGACAUCUAUGUUUAUUUGGUGCUUUCAUCUCUACCCUGGGUUGGGCGUGAGCUGUAUGAGAAAAAAGAGAAAGAGUUGGAUGCUGUGCUUUCCACCAUCGAUAAUUAUCUGAGCAAAAGGCAAAAGAUUCAUUUGCCGGCUCUGAAGGCUUGGUCUAAUGAUGGACCUCACCCACAAGAGGAGUAUCUGGACUGUCUUUGGGCUCAGAUCAAGAACUUGCGAAAUAGCAAGUGGAUUGAGAAGCAGCUGAUUCGACCAUAUCUGGCCUUCGAUAGUGUUCUUUGCGAUGCUCUCCAGCAUACUCUCCCCCAGAUCAUUCCCCCAUCUCACAACAAGUCAAUGACCUACCCCUUGCCCAGGGUGGUGUUCAGAUUGUUUGACUACACAGAUGUUCCACAGGGUACGGUGCUGCCCGGCAGUCAUGCUAUUGAACGCUAUCUGAUCGAGGAACAGCUGAACAGAAUCAUUCACACAAACAAUUUGGAAAGGAAAGAAUGUGCUGCAGCGCUUCUAGGGUAUCCAGCAAAGAAUAAGAUUCCUUUGAACUACAUGAUUGUGGAGGUCAUGUUUGGACAGUUAUUUGAGCUGCCAAGAUCCCCGUAUAUUGACUUGUUUUAUGGUGCAACUUUCAUCGAACUCUGCAAACUGCAGCCAACUUCAAUGCCAGAAGUGCUAGCCCAAGCUUCUGAGAUGUUGUUUGAGAGGAUUGAGACAAUGCAUUCCAUUUGCAUUGAACGGUUUGUCAUGUGGUUUUCCUAUCACUUGAGCAACUUCCAAUACAGAUGGUCCUGGGAUGACUGGGCUGAGUGUGUGGAGAUGGAUCCAAAUGCACCCAAGUCUAAGUUUGUGAGAGAAGUGCUGCUAAAAUGUCUCAGGUUCUCGUACCAUCAACGAGUGUCUGAAUCCGUCCCAGAUUCAUUUGCCCCUCUUCUACCUCCUGAACCAAAUCCAGUCUACAGAUACGAGCAGGAAGGAGCAGGGUCACUUCCUGGUACAACACAUGCCCACAAGCUGAUCAGCUCAAUCAAAAGUAAAUGCACCCCUGAUGAGGCUGCCAUUCUUCUCAAGGAUUUGCCAAACCAGUACCCAAAUGGUCAAGAGAAUGAAAAUCCAGCCUUCAAUCCCCUGAAGAUUGAUGUGUUCUUUGCUACUCUUCUCCAUUUGGGAUCAAAGUCUAUAAGUCAUUCGUUUGCAGCCCUUGCAAAAUUUCAUCCCAAUCUCAAGUCCUUGGCAGAAUUUGAUGAUGGGAAAGUGUGCUUACUCAAAGUUCUUUAUGAAACGUGGAAAAAUAACCAGCAGAUGAUGGUAGUUCUGGUGGACAAAUUGUUGAGGACGGAAGUUGUUGACUGUUCAUCUGUUGCAAACUGGCUCUUUUCUUUCGAGAUGCAGCAUGAUUUUACAAGCUUUUAUGUGUGGGAGAUUAUGCACAGCACCAUUAAGAAGAUGAGUCGGCAUGUUGACCAGCUCCAGCAUGAAGUGGAUGAAGCUCAUGACAAACAGGAAGCUGUGAAAAGGAAGGAGGCAGAUGGUCUAGACCUGGGUGACGAGGAUGUGCCCAGUGAUGAAGCCAUUGAAAGAAUGGAAGAGAAACUGGAAGCUGCCACAAGCGCUCAGAAAAAUCUGUUCCUCGUUAUUUUCCAGAGAUUCAUGAUUGUUCUAACUGAGCAUUUGGCAAGGUGCGAAUCUGCGUCAGUGGACUACAACACCCCGUGGUUUAAGUGGGUCAUUGAGCGACUACAGCAAGUUUUUCUAGUGCAUCAUGAGCUAGUGUACCGCUAUGUCAGCACACUGGAGCUCCUUCUCUUCACAAGUGACAUUGACAUCCACAUUUUAGAAGUUUUCCAACAGUUUUGUGCUCUUCGUUCAUGAGAGCGUAUCCCGUAAUUUGUAUUGUCUAUAUAUGUGUUGUGGUUACAAUUGUCAGUUAUUUUGAGCUGUAGUGUUUAUUAGGGGUUUUGAAAAAUGAGGUGCGUGGUCGAAGGGCGGAGGUCUCAUCUCUUAUAAUAUGGUUAUUUGUGUUAAAAAAACACGCAUAGAUGGUGCAAACAAUUCGUAUGAAGCAAAAGGGUGUCACUAGGGCAGGUCUAAUCAAACCUGACCGCAAAUUCACUUACCGAGGUAGCUAUAAGAUGAGAGAAAGAUAAAUAAAGAGA